AUGGCCGGCCAAAAUACAAGAAAGUCAUUUACGCCCUCGAAACCAGCUUCGAGUGCCAAGUCAUCGUCUACGAAACGCAAUAAGAGUAUUUUGAACUUCUUCCAGAAAACAGAUUCCCCACAAGGUGCUACCUCGACCCAGCUGCGCAUGUCACACUUCCUCGGCCCUUCUCGAUCCCCAAGCUCUGGUCGCGGAACACCAUUACAGAACAAAAAUGGCUCUAAAACCGAUACGAAUGGAGGUCUGUUCCUUGAAGAUAAAAAAGGACUAGCGAAAUUACAAAAAUCCCCCUCAAAGGAAGAAACAAGGCCACGAUCACGCACACCAGACGAUAUCUGGGGCGAAGGAGACGAUUUCAUGGGAACGGACGACCGCCAUAACGAGAUCGAAUCAUCAGUGAAGCGCCGAAAAGUAAGCUCCGCCAAUAGCUCAAUUACCAGCGAGCAACCGGACAAUGAGACCAAAGAACCGAAACCUACUGCACCAACCAAGAAAGCGACAAGCGGGCCGUUUAUCGAUGAAUCCGAUAGCGAAGACGAUAUGGAUGGAUAUGAAGACUACUCGCUCCAGCCUGAAGCGAAUAGUCCAACUGUCAUAUCUCCUCCGAUCAAUGGCGAUGCCACCGGAGAUUCAUCUGCCGAACCUGAGCAGUCGCCGUUGGUAAGAGAAGCCACCAACUUUAACGAACAUGACGAAUUCGAGAAUUUUGACGACAAUGAAGGAGACUACAAAUUUAUAGGAGAUGAAUUUCGAGAACGAAUACCUAAUAAUGAAGAAUUGAAUGGCUUGGAGACCGAGUUAUGCCCCGAGGAGAUUCCCUUUGAGGCGUUUGAUAAUGACUUAGCCUGUCCAUCGUGCUCGGGACCACUGGCGGAGCUUAAUGAACAAGAACGAAUGAUACACGUGAAUGAUUGCUUAGAUGGAAAGCCGACCUCUAUACUAUUAUCCAAAGCACAGCCAACUCCUAUAUACGAAACAACGGUCAAAAUUGAGGAAAAUUCAACCCCACUACCUCAAACAACGGGCAUAAAUGCGGGAUCAACAAGAGCUGAACGAGCCGCGAUCGCUCGACCGGCCCAGCCUGAUCCUUACUCUCAAAACAAAACCGGACACGGAUCGGCAUUCUCUAAAAUGAUGGCAGGUAACGCAGAAGACACCGCAUGGGCUGAUGCAGCUGCGCAUGAGGUAUCUUCUCGCGGGAAGCAAGCAUAUCAACGGACCUGCCCAUUUUAUAAGAUCAUGUCUGGGUUCUCAAUCUGCGUCGAUGCCUUUCGCUACGGGGCGGUUGAAGGAUGCAAAGCCUAUUUUCUGAGUCAUUUCCACAGUGACCACUAUAUUGGACUGAGCAAGUCCUGGUCUCAUGGCCCCAUCUACUGCAGUCGAGCCACGGGCAAUCUCGUCCGGCAGCAGCUCCGAGUAAAUCCUAAAUGGGUUAUUGAUCUCGACUUUGAGACUACCUCUGAAGUACCUGACACGGGAGGUGUGCAGGUCACCAUGAUCCAAGCUAACCAUUGCCCUGGAAGCGCCUUGUUUGUAUUCGAGAAGAGCUUUGGCAAUGGACCGAAUGCACGUCGACAGCGAAUACUUCAUUGUGGUGAUUUUCGUGCCUCGCCAGACCAUGUCCGCCAUCCACUUUUGUGCCCGAACCCUGUAAAUCCGAAGACGGGCCAACCGCGACAACAACGGCUUGAUCAGUGCUAUCUCGAUACUACCUAUCUCAGUCCAAAAUAUGCAUUUCCCAGCCAGAAACACGUUAUCACGGCAUGUGCAGAGCUUUGUGUACGGCUCAAUGAAGAAGCUGGCGUAGGAUUGGGGGAAGUGAAUUCAGGCGCCGGUGGCUUAAUGAACAAGUUCCUCGCGACGGUUGCUGGCAAUCCUCAAUCAAAAGAGAAGCCUCAAACUAGAGGCCGUCUCUUGGUAGUGGUUGGAACAUAUAGCAUCGGCAAAGAGCGAAUAUGCAUGGGCAUCGCACGCGCUCUUGGAUCCAAGAUUUUUGCAACUCCACAGAAACAGCGUAUUUGUUCAUGUCUCGAAGAUCCCGAACUCUCGGCUCUCCUGACCAGCGACCCAAAAGAAGCACAAGUGCAUAUGCAGACUUUGUUCGAAAUACGCGCAGACACUUUGGCCGAUUACCUUGAUUCCAUGAAACCUCAUUUUUCUCGUGUGGUGGGAUUUCGGCCUACUGGAUGGUCAUACCGUCCCCCCGCGGGGCGAAUGUUGGAGAACCCGCCCGUGCCGACCGUUCUACGUGGCGAACACUGGAGGACGCCGUUCACGGUUGAGAAUCUAACGCCACAGCGCGGAAGUACGCGGGAGAGUGCUUGCUUUGGAGUUCCAUAUAGCGAGCACAGUUCAUUUCGCGAAUUAACGAUGUUUUGCUGUGCGCUGCGGAUUGGCAAAAUCAUUCCUACCGUCAAUGUAGGGAGUCAGAAGAGUCGGGAUAAUAUGAAAGUGUGGAUGGAGCGAUGGGAAGGAGAAAAGAAGAAGAAUGGACUGUUUCCCGUGGAGGAUUGGUGA